AUGAGCGGAGCUAUCGGAAACAUGGCCUUCAUGUUUGGCGCCAUGCAAGUCGCCAAGCGCAUCCCGUUCGAUGACAAGCCCGAGUACAUUCAGUACGCUCGUGCCGGAUACGUUGCCUUGCAGCUCCUCUGUCUUGCCGUGUACUACUACUGCUCGUUCCGCGUCAAGAAGGCGAACGACCUCACCGUCAUCAAGUACGUCAACGCUAAAAACCCCAUGUCUCAAGAACCCGGAGAGCUGGUCACCACCACCAACCGCGACUACGACCUCGCCGAAAUCUCCAAGUCGACGCGCGGCAUCCUCAUGGGCUGUGCCAUGGUCGGCUUCAUGCACCUCUACCUCGGCUACACCAACCCGCUUGUCAUCCAGUCGAUUCUGCCGUUGAAGAACGCACUCGAGUCCAACAUGGCCAAGAUCUGGGUUUGGGGCCAGCCCGCACAGGGUGAUCUCAAGCGCCCCUUCAAGGCUCCCCCCGGACUGUUCGGCGCCGCUGGCCAGGCCGGCCCCCAGACCGACAAGGCCGCUAUCAAGGAGGCUGAGAAGGCUGGUUCCGGCAAGAAGGACGAGUAA